AAUGAAGAUCACUAAACCAAAUAUGAAAGGUAAUAGUACAUCUGUUAUGAUAUUGAAACAAAGUUUACUAACUUGAUCAUGGUUUGUUAGUCUGAUGUCAUUUUCGAUUAUCAAAUUGGUCAAUUGGUAAAGAUAACAAAACUAAGUGUAGAUUGCGAAAUAUAUUCUCACACUCUAACUCUUUGUUAUAUAUAUGCUGAGAUUUUGUAAAUUCCGGUUUAACAAUACUUUGAGAAACGAUUAGAAUUAAAUAGCGAAACGUCAGUAAAAACAAUUUCGUAUAGUUUUUCAUACAUUGGGAAAUACAAAAAAAUUAUUUUUAUUGUUUUCUGACAUAGUUAGGUGCGACCACCUUUCCUUACCAUUCGUCUCCGCAUAUCUCAUGUAAUUAUAAUGAAAUAUUGUCUACAAUAAUAAGACACUCCUGCUUUUUCUUCCAUAGACAUCAAAGCACGCCAAUGAUGCUUCAUCGGAAACGUCAGUAGAAUCAUCGUCAACCAAUGGUUCAGAAAUUAAAACAUCCCCAGAUUCACCAAAUUCAACUGAAGGUUUACAAGCCACUGAAAACACGGACGAGUAGUGCUGAAGUUUUUGACAAAGAAGGACAGAUUGAAAUUCUCUUAAGUCCAAAAUUCAGAUGUAGGAACUAUGACAUUUUCUUACAAGAUAUUUACAAGGUGCCGCAAUCAACACCAAAAUCACCUGCUGCAACUCGACGCCUUCCUACACCUCAACCUCACGCUCCGCGAAAACCACCGCUGCCACCAAUUUGUUUCCGAGUUAGGCGACCAUUUUAUUCAAAACCUCCCACAUCAAAGCACGCCAAUGAUGCUUCAUCGGAAACGUCAGUAGAAUCAUCGUCAACCAAUGGUUCAGAAAUUAAAACAUCCCCAGAUUCACCAAAUUCAACUGAAGGUUUACAAGCCACUGAAAGCACACGGACGAGUAGUGCUGAAGAUUUUGACAAAGAAGGACCGAUGGAAUUUCUCUUAAGUGCAAUAUUCAGAUCGAGACACUGUGACAUUGAAGAUAUUUACAUUGUGCCGAAAUUGAUGUGUGCCCAGUUGAUGUUUCUUUUGUUUUCGGCACUGUUAUAUUAUCCUAUUUGUAUAUGGUGGAGCGAUCUUCAAUUAUAACUGAUAUUAUGCCUUUGUUUUUCCAGUAAUUUAUUAAACAAUGUAUGACAUUUUUAUUACGUGACGUUGCUACGAAUUAUGGUCGUCGACUGCGUCUUGUCAUAUCAUUUUGGAUAUCCAAGAACUGCAGUGUAUGUGGUUUCAAAAAUAUUCAGAGAACAAUACCAGAAUGCCUAAACAUUGGAAGAAAACCUUGUUUAACUUUUGAGUAAAAUAAAUAGUUAUUUGUAUUCAUAUUGUUUCCAAUAGCGUUAACAUAAUUUUCGUCGUCUGUGGGCUUGAGCGUAAUCUCGGAAUGAGUGUCAAAUCUCAGAAAUCGUCACCUUCACUC